AUGUCAUUUCAGCAAAUCAAACCGGGGCACUAUGAGCGCCCAUUGGACACGCUCGAGCUUUUCUAUCGAGGCAUCGCAGCAAGCGGCAAGCCUUUUCAGAAGGAACCCUUUCUCUUAUCUAGUGUGAUACAGCUCAAGAGUGUGCCACCGCUGCCACACUUAUACCAGGCAUGGAAGGCGUUGAGAUAUAGACACCCGCAGAUAGCAGCUCUUGCUGAUGAUACCCGGUUAAUCUAUAAAGUGCCAUCCCCCGCAACGCUCGACUGGAUGAAGCAAACCUUUAUCAUCCACGCGAAUGAAAUUCGCUCUGCAGCAGACCUUGAGGAAGAUCUUCUUCCGCCUUCUCUUGUAAUGGUCCACUACCUUCCGCCAUCACGGGAGCUUCUUUUCCGCUCAUCGCAUUGGCGUCUCGAUGGGAUAGGCAUGAUCCUGUUACAGAAUGAUUUCUUAGCAUUACUAGCGAACGGAUCCGACUCCAAUCUUCAAUUUGACGGCCCCGAGGUACUGCGCAUGCCGCCAGGCUUAGACGAGGCUCUUGGCAUACCAUCUGAAAUUACAGACGAAAAGAAACGAGGCUCUGAAGCUGAACUGUCCGCGUUUGCGAACGGACCGGCGCCUCCGUCGGUUGGCAAAGUACUCCAAAACAAGGCACCAGGGGCCUCGCGCCAUGUGAGCACAACGCUCUGGAAGGAACUGAGCCAACAAGUCCUCUCAGCUACUGUGCGACCACAUAUAAUUCCUCCUGAUGGCCGCGUGGUAUGUUCCAACACAUACGAUCUUCGCGGCAAAGUUCCAGCUCCAUGGAAUGGGCCGCAAGGCGCGACUGGCCUGUACCAUAGUGGUCGGCCUUGCAGCGUCGGUUUGGGAAGAAAUCCAGACUACGAUGCUAUCGCUAUGACAUUAACCGCUCACUAUCAGCGUAGUAUACAGCCACUCUUUGCUCUGAGGCCAUUCUACGUACAGAAUAUUGGUGCAAUGCUGGCUGCACCGCUGGAACUGGCGAUUGAGGCACCAGGUGCUGCACAUCCGGAGCUCAGCUCGCUUGGCGUCAUUGAUAAUCGUUUGGAAACAAUCCACACAGGGCCUGCAGCGAUGCUAAAGAUUGAAGACUGGUGGCUGGGAGUGCAAGUCAUCAGCCAAGUUUUACAGGGCUAUGUAUGA